GUUAACACAGAUGCUGAUAAAAUUCACGAUAACAUCUGAACAAAUCUGAUAAAAUAUUCAAGAAGAAAAGAAAACAAAAUCGAAAGUCCUCGUUAAUGGAGACAGACAGUGUUUGAAGACAAGUGCCUCUUUGGAAGAAGAAACAUUCUGAUCUUAACGUAGUGUUUGUUUGCUAUGCUUUGCGUUUUGGUAUUGGUUUGAAAGAUGAAAUAUUUUUGUAUUAGUUUCCUGUUCGUACAUCUACCAGCAAUUAUCAUAAUCUACCAAGUAACAUCAUCGAUUGCAGGUUGUAUUCGACCAGAGAUUAUCGAUCCAGACAUCGAGCUCAUCGAUGACCUACCAUUAUACGACGAUGGAGCAGUAGUGAUUCUCUUGUGUGAUACCAGUCAGAGUUAUGUAGGUUAUGGACCUACUGCGAUGUACUGCUCAACCGAUACAUGGAUACCAGACCCAUCUUUAAGGGAGUGUAAAGCUCCAUGUAACGCACCAGUAGUGACUGCUGGCGUAUUGCAUUAUGAUGCUGGUUCGGGCAAGACGGGGGAUGUAUAUCUCGAUAAUACAGCGAUCCAGUUUGCAUGUGAAGACACAGAAAGAACUACACUGUAUCAUGAGCAAGGAUUGGAGAAAAGCAUCUGCACUGACGGCAGCUGGGACUCCCGGGAAGCUCCCAUUUGUGCAGAGAGUUGCACGGCCCCGCCAAACGCCGUACCAUCCGGACUAUUUCGGAAUAUGAUAGAGGUCACGUUUGCGUGUGAUCCGGGAUUCCAGCCAAUUGGACAAACUGAAUUUAUUUGCAUUGACGGGCAGUGGAACGGCGAAUUUUCUUGCGAAGCUAUUCCGUCGGAUGAGCCAAUGACUGAAAGGCUAAUGACUGAGAAACCGCAGCGUGAACAGACUACCAAACAACCUGCUACAACAGAUCCACCUAUUGUGUGCGAUUUCCCGGACACUGCUUUGCUCGAUCCAGAUGCCAUCGUCAGUCCAAUGCAAGAUGGUUACACUCUCUUUAGUCUUAUUGAGCUAAGCUGUGGUGGCACUGAACUAACUACCAGUGAUGGACCAAGCCGAUUUGCUUGCUACAAUCGUGGCAUGUGGUUACCGUCAAUUGAAGAUUUUAAAUGUUAUCGACCAUGCAACGCCCCAUUGGCUAGUCCAAACGUGGAAUACAUUACUCUAGAGGGUCAAAACGUGGACGAGUUAUACAGCCAUAAUGCAGUUAUAGAUUUCAUCUGUAAAUCUGAGAAACAAUCGCUCUAUGGUCCUUCCUUGGUGUCAUGCUAUGACGGCGAGUGGAAUCCUCAACAGGUACCGACGUGUGAAGAUGUGAAUCCAUUUGAACUAAAAUUUAAAAUAACCCAUAUUGACGGCUCCCCGGCAACGUACAAGACCGACUAUGCAGAUGACGAGUCACAAACCUUUAUCGAGAUGGAAACAGAGCUCGUUCAUGCGAUUGAGACGAUCUACACACUGUUGGAUGGUUACCUGCUUUCAAAAAUAGUCUCCUUCUCAGACCCUGGUACGAGUGGAUUAGACGUCUGCGCAGUCGUUUUUAUCGAUAAAUCAUCAGUUUCCGGUACCCUUGAAGAGGUCAGUGCCGAGACUGAUCGGAUCCUAGGUCAGAGUGCAACCAUCGAUGGACUGUCUUUCCGCUUUACUCUCGAUGGUGCAUCGGUUCUCGUCUCUGAACCAUGUGAGAUACCCGAUCUUCUUGAGGGCAUCGUAUUUGAAUCUUCAAAUGAGCCCUUGGAGAAUGUCUGGUACCCUGACAGUACAACCUUCAGUCUAUCAUGCGGAGAUGAGGACUACAUCAUUGAUGGACCAACGCAACUGGUAUGCGAGAAUGGAGCUUGGGUGCCUGAAGGAGAACCAAUCUGUAUCGAACUACAAACGACAUCAACCGCUGAUGUAACGGAAACGCUUCGUCAGACGACCCCGAUCGCUGAAACUACAGGUAUGACGCAACAAACACAGAGCACGGAUGUUCAAAGUGAAUCACCUCUCAUUUCAGCAAUGUCCACCUCAGCAUUCACAACGUCAACAUAUACCCUAGAACCACACGAUACCACGACACCACUGCAGACAAUAUCAGAAAUAUCUUUCUCAGACAUGACAACACAUAUAUCAGCCAGCCAAGCUACAACUAUCCUGACAGUAGAAACGACUGAAGUAUUGACAACGCCAGAGGGGGAGAUAACGGCUACUGAAGAUUCCAAGUUAACCGAGUUCUUAAGCACUUACGGCAAUGAUUUUACGACUUCAGGCAGUUUGGGCUAUACUGCUUCCACUGUCACGCUUAACAGUGUGGACGAUGUAACAACAUAUGAAACAGUUCGUACAGAUACUUCGGUGCGAACAGACCAUACAACAAGAGCGACAGACAGGGGAAUAUCUGAUUGGCCUACAAGUUUUAUUCCAACGACUGGUGACCAAACAUCAUUUCGAACCACACGAAUUUCAUACAGCAGUACAGAUAGUACAACAGCGACAGAUCCGAACCCCACGACGGAUCUGCAACCUACGAAAGAAGUCUCAACAUUAAUCAGUAGUGUGUCCCCAACACUGUUGCAUACAGAUGGGACCUUCACGUCAUCCGAUGCUAGUGAGCCAACUAGAUUAAUGACUAAAUCACCAAUUCCACUAGAGACAACAUAUGAGGAACAAUCGGCUACCACGCGAACUGGAAAGAGUACUGAUUCAUUAACUACUAGUGAUGAAGUAUAUACGGGUACUUUUUCAUCUUCAACAUCAGGACCCACUUUGGGUACGGAGAGACUCUACACGAUAACAGAAUUAACAAUGGCCAACACAGAAGAAGAGAUAACGACACAUAACAUAGAACCGACUAUAGAAACUUCGACUCCAUUAACCUCAUUUCCACAGACGCCGAGUCGAACCAAUACUGAUAACAUUGGGUCACCUAAAGCAACUGAUUCAAUAUCACAAACUGCCCUUGCCUCAAUAACCGGUUCCUCUGAAUCAUCGGAUGUCACAACUUCUAAUGCACCAACUGAAUCUGAUACAAAUUUUGUUACAACGGAGUUCCUUGCAACAAGUUUGUCUGACACUGAAGCUUUAUCUACUACUUUAGAUUCUAUCUCUAAUUUGGAAACUUCCCAAACAACUCAAGGAUCUACAAAGGACAGUAUCAGUACAAAUAAAGUGCAAAAUACGACUUACCAAGAGACGAGUCGUCUUUCAACCAAUGGUCCUUCGAGUAUUCCGACUGAUUUGAUGACGACAUCUCCUGAUGAACAGUUUACAGAAAAUGCACUGACUUCGCGUAUAACGGCAACUGACUCUACGACAGAUGUUACAAAUGUAGUGUUGACGACAGCAGGAGAAAAAACAGUGGAGACGACUGACAUGUUCUCGUCAACGAUAACAGAAGUAACAAUGACCAACACAGAAGAAGAGGCAACGACAGAUAACUUAGAACCUACUCUAGAAAAUUCGACUCCAUUAACCUCAUUUCCACAGACACCGAGCCGAACCAAUACUGUUGGCAUUGGGACACCUGAAGCAACAGAUGUUGCCUCCCGAUCUGAUUCAAUAUCACAAACUACUCUUGUUUCAAUGACUGGUCCCACUGAGUCGUCGGAUAUCACCACUUCGAACGCACCAACUGAAUCCUUUACUCAAAUUCUUAUAACCGAGUUCCUUGCAGCAAGUUUGCCUGACACUGAAGCUUUAUCUACUACUUUAGUUCCAAUAUCUAAUUCGGAAACUUCCCAAACAACUGAAGGAUCUACACAGGACAGUAUCGGUUCAACAUCAGCUAUCACCCAUGUGACCCAGUUCCAUGCUACUAUAGAAGAGACAGAAGCCAGUAUGACAAGAACAACUAAGCUUGGAAAUGAAGCAACAUCCCAGAUGUUGACUGAGUGGGCUUCUCUUACCACGGUCUAUUCAGAUGAAACAACAGUGACUGAUUUACUUACAACUGUGAGAAGACCCGUAACAUAUACUACCGAAGCAUAUAGCACCGACCAUCCUACUGAUGAACCCUUCAAAACAGGUUCAGCACGGACAAUGACACGAAGUGAUGAUCCGACAACGAGCGAGAUCACAGAAACAACAAAAGGUGUUCUGAAGACUACUCCCCACUUUACGUCCACUUUUAGAAUGAACUCCCAUGCUCUCACUACCUCCCAAGACACCCAAACUGCAGAAGAAUUAUCAACAUCAGCAUUCUUUCAUCCGUCAACAUUAGCACCAACAGAAGGGGGUUUGUUUUCUACUCAUGAAACAGUGAGUGCAGUCAGUGACGAGGUGACGGAUAGUGAUUUAGUAACAUCUCACAGCGCUACCACUCCUGAUUCAUUUGAACAAACGACACGCAUGCCUGGAGAUCGAACGGCUUCUAUGAAAUUUACUUCAACAGAGGCAAGUCGGGAGACAUCAUCCAUGAUAACAGAUCUGAAGACGGAUUCAAAUGAAGGAUAUUCAACAGCAACACAGCAAACAGAAGGUUCGACGGAUGUUGGUACGACGAUGAAAACAAUGAAUUCAAUUACCCCAGUAGGUCGACUGACUGAAAAGAGAACGACUCAAAUUAAAACAACGGCUUGGAAAACAACUGAAAAUGACUUGGAGACGGAAGAUGGUGUUUCUUCCCCAAGUGUGAUGAUAACAGCGGAUGAAAGAACGACAGAGGACUUUACGGCAAGAACAACGAGUAGCCGGAAAACAAGCGGGAUCACACCAACUGUAGACGAUAUGUCGUCAACGACAGAAAAGGAGACGACCUUUGAAAGAACGACAGAGGACAUUACGUCCAGAACAACGAGUAGCCUGACAACAAGCGGGAUCGCACCAACUGCAGACAAUAUGUCGUCAACGACAGAAAAGGAGACGACCUUUGAAAGAACGACAGAGGACAUUACGUCCAGAACAACGAGUGGCCUGACAACAAGCGGGAUCACACCAACUACAGACGAUAUGUCGUCAACGACAAAAAAGGAGACGACCACACAAGAUAACUCAUCAGAAAUGAUUUUCUCAAGGACAACAGCGAAACAAGUGAAUAAUUAUCAAUCGACUACAGAUGAUGGCACCAUUUCAGCAGACUGGACGACAGCUGAAUAUAUCGCUACAGAGUCGCCUACAUUGCCUACUGCGACCAUGACGAUCGGUUAUGCUUCAACAAUCGAUGCUACGACUGGAGAUGUUACAUCCACUCUUCAUCAUCUGACAUCUACCAAAGAUAUGCCAUCAUCUUCAAUGGUAACCUACGCAGACACAAGCAAUCCCACGCCUAAACAUACAGUGCAGACUACGACGUAUCAAGAAGAGAGUAGUCUUUCAACAUAUGUCCCUUCGAGUACUCCGACUGAUGUGAUGAUGACAUCUGCUAAAAAUGCACUGACUUCACGUAUAGCAGCAACCGAAACUACAACAGAUGUUACAAAUGUAAUUUUGACGACAGCUGCAGAUAAAACAGUGGAGACGACUGACAUGUUCUCAUCAACAGUCAAAGAAAAUACACCCGGAAUUACGGAUAGUAUAUCCAGCAGCCAGGAAACAGUGGCACCACAAACGGACACGGAUACCGUGACACCAGCCACAGCUGAAGCAACGGAAGGGGGUCCUUCCACUCAAAUACACUCACAAGAGCCUUGCAAGAGCUGUAAUCCAGAAACUGAGACAUGUUUAGACGGACGAUGCGAAUGUAGACCAAGCAAAUAUAGAGUUUUCUCCAAUGAUGAAUGCUCAGAAACAAAAUCCUUCACCUUGACGUUUAGAAUCUUGUUGAUCGAACAAGGUCAAGCCAUCUUCAACAAUGACCUUCUGGACAAACAGAGCUCUGCCUAUCAAAUACUGCAAGGAGAUCUCGUCAAGUCGAUCAAUUCAAUAUUUGAUGACUUACCGAGCUUUCUAGGAUCAGAGAUCUUCUCUUUCCAAUCUGGGAGCAUCAUCGCUACCUCUCUGGUUUACUUCAAUUCAAAUUCACUCGUCACCAAUGAUAGUCUGACUAAUCAUAUUGAUGACGUCUUGACAACUGAUGAAUACACAAUCAGUAGUAACUCGUCAUACACAUUAGAUGCUAGUAACCUUGUCAUUCAGGCUACCAACGAGUGCUCACUCGGAACAGAUGACUGUUCGCCUUUUUCAACCUGUUCUGAUAUCGACAAAGAGGGCUUCAACUGCACCUGUAUUGAGGGAUAUACUUCAAUAUCUAUCCCUUCAGGCCUGCAUUGUGAAACAGUGACAACUACAUAUACGACUGAAGACCUGAUUACGAGUACUGUGAUGGCUAAUGGAAACUCACCCUCAAUAGCUACAUGGAUCUUGAUUACAGUGUCGGUCGUUGGAGGCGCCUUUAUUAUCUUUCUGCUGGUAUCGCUUAUAUGUGUAAUCAGGAAAUCAUCUAAAAGAAAGAUCACGCACCCUGAAGAAACAUUGGUUGUACCAAAGGCUAAAAAGGACAAUAAGUUGGAGGCUUAUCGCGGCUACUACACGUCUUUCAACGAAUCAAUUGACGAGUCAACAGAUUACGUGGAGGAUACAGCGUUAUGAUGGUGACUACAUUUACAUGAUCCAUUAAAAUUAUAGUCAUGUUCCAGAUACCGCAAGAAGUUAUGUGACGGGUCCUAGAUUCCCUUCUUGCAUGGGGGUGGGGGGGGGGCAUGUCCUAACAUUAUAAUAAAGUGAAGGAAGUGAGGGAGAGAACGAGAGAGAGAAAGAGAGAGAUACACAUAUAUAUAGGUAAAUAGAUAGGUAAGUAGGUAGGUAUAGAGAUAAAAGAGAGAGAGAGAGAGAGAAAGAGGCGGGUCAAACAUUUGGCCGUGGGCACAUUAGGACCAGAAAUAUAACUUUAGAAUAUUGACCACUGAGCUGUUAUCGCCGGAGCAUGUGUCGCAAGCAGUAAGAACAUUUUCUACACAACUUCCUUCUUAUCAUGUUAUUCAAGGUUGAACAAAACAUGUAGGUAGUUGCUUAAAACUCUGCCAUCACAUUAUGAUAAUUUAUAUAACAUUGUUUCACUGUAAAGGAUAGACUGAUAUGAAAUAAAUCAAAUACAAUAAUCUUUCCAUCACAUACAAGACAUUUGACACGUAAUGUCUCUGAUUAGAUUAUCACGUGUAAUCUGUUUACUUUGUAUCGCGUACUUUCAUCUCCAUUGAGUCAAUAAGUACAGUAAUAUAUUGUGGAUUUAUUGUUCUGUUCGUGUUUCUUUUCGCCAUUCGUAAAUGUGUACGAUGUAAAUAGACUUAUGCUGUAUAACUGAAUUAUCUCAUUUGUGUUUCACUCUUUUUGUUCUUAAUUUGUCGUUAGAGUCAGUUUUGGUUCUGCAAAUUUAAUUAAUAACGUUUGCUUCGAUUUGGUUGACAUGUAAUAAACUAUUGAUAUGUAUCUAUGAAUUCUAAAAGAAAACAAAUGUAUAUACAACACUGUAUGUCGAUUAACGUUUGUUUAUCAUCACCUCCAUUUAUGGCAUGAUCUAUUGAUGUUAAUGUAAAUAAGAUUUGCAAACAAUAAAAUAGGAAUCAAAGGUUACUGUGUUUAUUUGAUUUGACAAUAUACAAAUAAUACAUGUUUUCGAGUGCACUAAUUAAAAUACCAUGCACGCAGUUCAAGGCACAUUAGGAACAUGAACGAGACAUGUCGAGUUAAUUGUCCAUCUAAUUGUGACUUAACCAAGUGCAGUGUAUAUCACUAAUGCACUAGCUGAAAACAUGUAUCAUUUUUUUAAUAAGAUGGGUCUACAACAUAAAAUUAGAGUCGAGAAGUUGACCGCUGUUAUCCCCAAUGUACAAGCCCCGUGCAUAUGGUGAAAAUCAUGCACGUACACGUGACCGUUUCGACGUUUCUCAUUGGCUACACUAUGUCUUGAUCUAAUUUUAUAUUGAUCAAUUACAGUUCAUAAUAUCUUGAAUAUCCCUCUGCCCACUGCUUAAAUAGGUGUUUAAGAGUCUCAAUGCACAGUGUAUGUAAUUUAUCAUCUGAAUCUGCUCAUAGAUUUUCAUUUGCCAGUAAACGAUGUAAAUUGAUGUAAGAUUUGCAUAUCGAACAUGUCUAAAUCUAUGGUCACACAUAUAAAAAGUAGCCUGCUCGGCGGCCGGGCGGCGAGUUUUUAGCCAAUUUCGCCCGGGCACCGCUUGUUUUUAGGGCAUCGCUCGACGGAGAACGCUCGGGUAUCGAGAGUAUUUUGGUGACCCGUCGAUCACCGGCCGGCCGCCGGGCAAUUUCUUUAAAAUCAGUGGGUGGCCGGUGGUAGACUGCUCGGGAAUCGAUGGGUCAUCAGUCGGUAACUGCCGUAGAAAAAUUGAUAGGGCACCGCCUAGGCAUCGCUAGGGCUCUACAUCCUGCUCGACUUCUCCAAAAAUCGCUGGGCGAUGCCUAAAUUCCAG